AUGAGGCCUCCUGAAGGUGGGAGGCCGAGGUGUUCAGCACCCUCCUCCUGCGCCACGGGAACAUUCUCGCUAUACACCAGCCGCAACGGUUGCACGGAAGCGCAGCGCUGGAUGGCCAUCGGCCACCGGGACAUGAAGAGCAAGAACAUCCCGGUGAAGGCCAACGCAGUGCUGCAUCCUGGACUUCGGCCUGGCGGUGAAUGGGUAGCAAGUUCAGUGCCGUCAGGAUACACGGGCGCCGAGAUGCUCGACCAGGGG